AUGGCAAGAGAAUUUUCAGAAGAAUGGAAAUCGCUAUUGCCAAUAGGUGGAUCCACUGUAUCUCCUCUUCUUUUCUCUGAUCCUCACUCCAUUGGUCCAAUCUUCUUUAACCCUAACCCUAACUUACUCACCCCUCUUUUUUCUUCCACAAUCCCCUCUCUUUCGCUCCCACAUCAUCUCUUAACAGAACGCUACCUUGUAUCCUCUGACCCUUCCAUUCUCCCUUCCACUGCUUCCAGUAUUGCUACUCUCUUUGAUUCUCCCAUUGAAGUAAUUGACCACAAUGUUUCUCAUUUCCUUCAUAACCGCAUUAAUCUCCUCAAGUGCCGGGACAGCCCCAAUGUUGUUAUUCUCUUCCCAGCCGGUGCAAACGAUGAGAGUAUUGGGUUUUUUAUGUUGCGUGUUAAGGACUCGGUGUUGGAUACUCGGCUUGAUGUUAAAGGUAAUGUUUUUCGAGCUUCUACAGGUUCAAAGAGCCGAAUUUUUCGGAUGUUAGUUAAUGCGGUUACUGAUUCUGAACUUGGAGGGGCCUAUGAUUCUUCUCUUGUUAUUGGGUAUUUGUUGGCUUCUUCACUUUAUUCGGUUUGUUGGUUUACUGUGAAUCAUAAUUUGAAUAUGGACAGUCCUAGUAUGUCUUAUUUGGGAACAAGUAAAGUGUUUAAGGAAACUGUUGUGCAUGCUUGUUGGAGUCCUCAUAUACUGGAAGAGAGUUUGGUUUUGUUAGAAAGCGGCCAGCUGUUUUUGUUUGAUUUGGAGUCUCAAGGUUCCAUGAAUGUUUUCAACGGGACUAGGUUGAGAGUACCAUGGAGUGAUUGGACCGUUGAUUUGAGAUUGAAAGAAUGCAAUGUGACUUGUUUAAUGAAGAUUGAGACAUUGCGGAUGUAUGCUCCUAAUGUAAACGAGCGGUUUCUUGCCUUGUCAAGGGCUGGUCCUGAUGACUUUUACUUCAAUGUGGCUUCCAGUAGUCUUUUAGUUCUGUGUGAUGUAAGGAAGCCUUUGAUGCCAAUAUUGCAAUGGAAGCAUAACAUUGAUGAACCGUGUUACAUGAAUUUGUUAAGCUUGGCUACGUUAAGAUCUCACUCAAAGGUAGAUAAUUUUAAGUUGGCUUCUGAAAUGGGGUUUUGCAUUAUCUUGGGAUCAUUUUGGAAUUCUGAGUUCAAUGUAUUCUGCUAUGGACCUGCAGUUCCAUUUCGGAAAGGUUCUAUUACUUCCAAGCUUUCGAAGAUUAGCACAACAUUCUGUGCUUGGGAGCUUCCGUCUGAAGUCAAUUUAUCUAGUCACGAGUGUCAUUGUGGAAUUUGUCUGUUUAGAGAAGACUUGUCAAAGGAUGCACUUCCUGAGUGGCUAAAGAAAGAAAUGGUUUUGGGAUUCAGCAUUUUAAGCAAUGACCUUGCUUCCUUACUUUGUGAACCAGAUGAGCAUGGUGGUUUUACAUUAGUAAGGAUAACAUCGUCAGGAAGGUUUGAAUUACAGAGAUAUCACGCCUCAUGGUCUCUGGCUAGAAAAUUGGAAGACAAGGCCUAUUCAAAUGAUCAAGAGGAGGCUCCUUUUAGUUCAGAAGUUCAUGAACUAUUGUGUAAGAAAUUAAAUUCUUGUGGAUUGGGCCAUUCAAGAUCAUCUCCUGCAAUUACUUCUAUUUUUAACGACGUCAAGCUACCGGCUAGCUUCCACGAGGUUGCCUUAAGAAAACUGUGGACUGACUUGCCUUUGGAAUUCUUAGCUGUUCCAGAUCUUCCUCAGUUGCCUCUAUUCUUUUCUAGAAAACCAUCACCCCAUAGCGACAAUGACAUUGUUGGUCCAGCUAUUCCUUUCCCUGUUUUACUUGUGAUUAAUGAAGUUCGCUACGGGUACUCUGAUUUGGGAAGUGAUGGAUUUUCAGUAGAAGCAGAGCUUGAUCUCAAAUACAAAGAAGUAAUGCAGGUGGCUAAUGAGAUUGCUGCUUCAUCUCACAGCUCUAUGCCUCCUGAUGAUCAUGCAGUCUCCCUUGCUGAAGAGAAUGAGGAUCCCUGGGCUGAUUCUUCAAAACCAAAACCUUUUUCGACAUAUCGUCCAAUUGCCUUAACUUUCUCUGACACAGACAGUAAGUCCUGCAAGCAGACUGAAUCUGAAUCUGUUGGAGCAGAGAUGUUUGAUGAUCUUUGCCCAAUUGAGAUGAGGUUUGAUGCUCCUGAGAAGAAGUUUGAAGACCAGAGCUUAAAGGCAUACACUUAUUUGAAAAAGAAAAUGUCUCGGUGGCAUGAAGAAUUUGAUUUGUAUAAAGAAUUUUGUAUUCAAUCUGGAUUUAAAAAAGCAGUCAACAGUUAA